GACGGGGCAGCCGUCUUUUAACAUCCGGGUGACUCGUUCUGCCUUUCUCGGCGGCCAUUUGGCUUACACGAUCCGGUAGGCGACCAGUAACCAAAUCCUGAAAACAUGCAGAACGACGCUGGUGAAUUUGUGGACCUCUACGUCCCACGUAAAUGCUCGGCGAGCAACAGAAUUAUUGGUGCCAAGGACCAUGCUUCCAUCCAGAUCAACAUCGCUGAGGUUGACAAGGUGACUGGCCGUUUCAAUGGCCAGUUCAAGACCUAUGCUAUCUGUGGCGCCAUCCGUAGAAUGGGUGAGGCUGACGAUUCCCUCCUGAGGCUGGCUAAGAACGACUCUGUUGUCUCAAAGAACUUCUAAAUAUAGAGUUGGAGCUGUGGGGAUUUUGUAAAAUAAACAAAAUGGUGUGAACAA